UGAAGUGGGCGGGCUGGGGCCGCUCGCGCUCCCUCCUACUUCCCCCUCUGCGUCCGCGUUCGCGGCUCCCGUUUGCAUCAUCUCCAGCCGGCGGCUGCUCCAGGGAGGCUGGGCGCGAUCCUCUCCGCCCGCGGCUCCAACCCGCACUCUGCGCCUCUCCUCGCCUUUCUCGCACCUGCUCCUGCGCCAGGCCGGGAGACCCCCGGGGCGGCUUCCCAGAACCUGCGGAGCACAACUGGCCGACCGACCCAUUCAUUGGGAACCCCGUCUUUUGCCAGAGCCCACGUCCCCUGCCACCUCUAGCUCGGAGCGGCGUGUAGCGCCAUGGAGAAGAGCAACGAGACCAACGGCUACCUUGACAGCGCUCAGGCGGGGCCUGCGGCCGGGCCCGGAGCUCCGGGGACCGCGGCGGGACGCGCACGGCGUUGCGCGGGCUUCCUGCGGCGCCAAGCGCUGGUGCUGCUCACCGUGUCCGGGGUGCUGGCGGGCGCGGGCCUGGGCGCGGCGUUGCGCGGGCUCAGCCUGAGCCGCACGCAGGUCACCUACCUGGCCUUCCCCGGCGAGAUGCUGCUCCGCAUGCUGCGCAUGAUCAUCCUGCCGCUGGUGGUCUGCAGCCUGGUGUCGGGCGCCGCCUCCCUCGAUGCCAGCUGCCUCGGGCGUCUGGGCGGCAUCGCUGUCGCCUACUUUGGCCUCACCACACUGAGUGCCUCGGCGCUCGCCGUGGCCUUGGCGUUCAUCAUCAAGCCAGGAUCCGGUGCGCAGACCCUUCAGUCCAGCGACCUGGGGCUGGAGGACUCGGGGCCUCCUCCUGUCCCCAAAGAGACGGUGGACUCUUUCCUCGACCUGGCCAGAAACCUGUUUCCCUCAAAUCUUGUGGUUGCAGCUUUCCGUACGUAUGCAACCGAUUAUAAAGUCGUGACCCAGAACAGCAGCUCUGGAAAUGUAACCCAUGAAAAGAUCCCCAUAGGCACUGAGAUAGAAGGGAUGAACAUUUUAGGAUUGGUCCUGUUUGCUCUGGUGUUAGGAGUGGCCUUAAAGAAACUAGGCUCCGAAGGAGAAGACCUCAUCCGUUUCUUCAAUUCCCUCAACGAGGCAACGAUGGUGCUGGUGUCCUGGAUUAUGUGGUACGUACCUGUGGGCAUCAUGUUCCUUGUUGGAAGCAAGAUCGUGGAAAUGAAAGACAUCAUCGUGCUGGUGACCAGCCUGGGGAAAUACAUCUUCGCAUCUAUAUUGGGCCAUGUUAUUCAUGGAGGAAUUGUUCUGCCACUUAUUUAUUUUGUUUUCACACGAAAAAACCCAUUCAGAUUCCUCCUGGGCCUCCUCGCCCCAUUUGCGACAGCAUUUGCUACCUGCUCCAGCUCAGCGACCCUUCCCUCUAUGAUGAAGUGCAUUGAAGAGAACAAUGGUGUGGACAAGAGGAUCAGCAGGUUUAUUCUCCCCAUCGGGGCCACCGUGAACAUGGACGGAGCAGCCAUCUUCCAGUGUGUCGCCGCUGUGUUCAUUGCACAACUCAACAACGUAGAGCUCAACGCAGGACAGAUUUUCACCAUUCUAGUGACUGCCACAGCGUCCAGUGUUGGAGCAGCAGGCGUGCCAGCUGGAGGGGUCCUCACCAUUGCCAUUAUCCUGGAGGCCAUUGGGCUGCCUACUCAUGACCUGCCUCUGAUCCUGGCUGUGGACUGGAUUGUGGACCGGACCACCACGGUGGUGAAUGUGGAAGGGGAUGCCCUGGGUGCGGGCAUUCUCCACCACCUGAAUCAGAAGGCAACAAAGAAAGGCGAGCAGGAACUUGCUGAGGUGAAAGUGGAAGCCAUCCCCAACUGCAAGUCUGAGGAGGAGACAUCGCCCCUGGUGACACACCAGAACCCCGCUGGCCCCGUGGCCAGUGCCCCAGAACUGGAAUCCAAGGAGUCGGUUCUGUGAUGGGGCUGGCCUUUGGGCUUGCCUGCCAGCAGUGAUGUCCCACCCUGUUCACCCAGCCGCCAGUCAUGGACACAGGGCACUGCCCUUGCCAACUUUUACCCUCCCAAGCAAUGCUUUGGCCCAGUCACUGGCCUGAGGCUUACCUCUCGGCACUGGCAUUGGGCUCCCCAGCCGGAACUGGUUACCAAGGACAAGGACACUCUGACAUUCGGCUUGAUCCAUGUCCAGGUGCAACUGUGUGUACACCAGGGAUCUGUUUGGAAACAACCCCUUGAGCUGCCAGGCUCAAGAAAUCAUGGACUCACAGGGUCCUGUGUGGUUACAUCUUGGAAAAAAUGCAGAUGUAUUUCACUCUCCCCGGUCAGCUCUGCAUCAGGUGUUUUCUGAGCAAACCAAGGGGGUUUAUAGUCAUCUGUCGCAUUGCCUCGAGUUGCAGUAAUUGAAAAAAUGCUCAAAUUCUUAGCCAUGGCUGGCCUUUGCUGAGCUGGGACUCAGGUGUUUAAAGAGUUUGUGCUAUAGCUAGGUGUGGAUAGCUUCUGAUCCCUGGGUUCUGGGAGACUGCAGGUGCCGCACAUUGUCAAGUUAGAAAUACUCCAGGUGGGUGUUAGCGCUGUGGGGGUCUCUGGUCCACAGCCUUGGGUAAACAACUUAGAUUUUGAGGUCAAAGAAAAAAGGAGAGGGAAUGCAGCCUUGUGGGGGUGAAGCGGGGCAGAGGGUUCUCUAAUCUAAUCAGGACAGGACAGGUUUCACACACAAUUGUCCCAGUUCGCAUCCCAGCCCUGGGGCACUUUUCUGCUUCCUUCCAGAGGCCUGGGCCUCUGAUAACACUUUAGCUUUUUCUCCAUUCACGCUGAUUUGGCAAAAGGCCAGAGAUGGGCCUCCUUCCCUGGGGAGGUGUGAUGUAGUUAUCACAUUCAGGACCCUUGUUGAUUUAUCAUCUAUUAUUUGAAUUCAACUGGACACUCUGUAAAAUGCUGCACUGCAGCAAAAACAAAACCACCACCACCCCAGAGAAAACCAUGUACUAAUUGGAGUGGGGUACCCCCAUUCACAGGUUCCCAGGUCCCCUGGCUUUGGCUGAUUUCAAAAUAUAGAGCCCUUUCUUGCCAGUACAUCCAAGUUUAAAAUUAUCAGCGAAAUGGUCCAUGUUUUUCCAAUUACCUGCUGACACGGUUCUAAGCUAAGUGAGGGGGAAGAUCUGAGAGCGUGCUGUUUGUGGCUGUUGAUGCAUAUUCGUGAUGUAACAGGUCCUGGGGCCUCACUUUACCCCAUUUGUAAAAUGGGGCUAAUGUCACCUGCCUCUUACCUACCUCAGAGGGAUUUGGUGAGGCAAACUGUUAAUCUUCGAAAACGACCAUUUCACUUCUUGGAUAUCAAGUGCUAACCCAGUAUGUUCUUCUUUUUUAUGUAAGGGACAGCUUUCUCCACAGAGUCCUUCUGCUGGUGAGGACAGCAUUUCUGAGCAGGGCUUUGUUCUCUAUGUGCAUUAGGACUUUAUCAUGCCCUUGUUCUGUGUGUAGUUACUUGACAGCAUCAAAUGCAGCCUCUUCCUAAUGUCCUUCCAGUUUUCAUGAACUAGCAACCCCACCUUCCACCAUGGUUCUGGGCGCCUGAUUUUGCUGUGACUCCCAGACCCAGCCACUGUUUCUGCCACCCUGUAACAGGCCAUUAAAGCUCCCCAGUGUUCAGCCUCCUUCA